AUGGGCAUCAAGCAGUUCAACGCCGACGUCAGGGCUGCAAUAGGCAGUGAUUUCGACUUCCCUUAUAUCUCCAACAUUCGGAGAGGAGAUUCCGACGGAGAAUUAUGUUUUACGUACAACAACGAAGCAGCAUCUAUCGAAAUCCAAGCUUUGUCGACAGAGCCUGAGGCAUACCCAAGGCACCCGGGCUUUCUGCUUUUUACAUCAUCAGACGAAACAGACGGCCUGAAGGAAUGGCUACAGGAAAUUACCAGUGCGACCAAAGGCAAGAGUGUCACUGAUGUCAUUACCUUCAUCUCCAAGGCAUUGACGAAAAAACUUGGAGCAACAGCAGAAGAUAUUUCAUCCGAUGAAGAACAUGUUCCAUCCGAUAUAGAAGAUAUGACAUCCGAAGAAGCAGAAAAAGAAGAGGAAGAAGAAAAAAGUGACGAUGACGACGCAUCAUUCUAUGAUGUCGAGUUUGAUGAUGCGACAGAUGAUGUUUUGCCAUCUAAAGGGCCAAUUCAACCUGCCUCCACGCCAACAAGCCGGCUAAAACGUCACCUACGGGAAGCAAGGACAGAAGGAUUCCAUGUGUGGAUCCCAAAGGAGGGUGGAGGAGAACCCGGAAUCUUUCAUAUCUUUUCACUCUCCAUCCGGGCCUCAAAGCUAAAAGUCUCAGAAGAGGCCUUGGGAGCAUGGGGUCUCAAGUCAUCUGAAUACGUUGUUAUGCUGUUCAAGCUCCCUUCAGGAUACCCACCUCUCUCUUCCUUUUUACGACUUCCUUCCAAUCAAACAACAAUACAGUUCAAGCUUGGAAAAUGCGACAGCCCGAACCCGUCUUAUGCUUCUGCGAUACGAGUCUUUGAUCGCGACAACUCAAAAAAAUCAGAGGGAGGGACACAAGUCAAGGAUGACUCCAAGAAUCCUUUCCUUUCUUUAUACAUGUCGUUGACUCUCGAUGAACUUCUGAACAAAGACUUUCCGGGCCUUCUGAGUCUGCGACUAUCUAAGAGAAUCUCGUGGGAUCAAGCACAAGAACUGCAUUUUGAACUCAGCAGAGGCACAAUCGACCCGUCAGAUGUACUGCAAUAUACCAGCCAGAGCUCGGACCGGUUUGAGCUACAAUUCCUACAACAAGACUAUUUGCCACAAGGUGCAGAAGACAUCAACGUCAUCCUAAUUGCAAUGCAAUUCGGCCUCCAAAGAUUAGUCAAGUGUACCAACUACUGUCUCGUUUGCAAGAAGAGAAUAGAGGGAGGAUUUGAAGGUAUUAAACCUUUUGUCUGCGAGGAUUCGCUUUGCCUCUUCCAAUACCUAACUCUCGGGUUUUGCCAAAGUAUCGAGUACGAGAUUAUCAACAGUCCCAACGUCGUGGACCUUCUCAUCAGCUUCUUUUAUGCCGCAAUCACUAGUGGCCUGUUACGAGAAUUUCCGAAAGGCCUUGAACUUAAGGUUGCACCUUCAGGAUUUGUACCAAAGGCCAUCGAGUCGGUCCCAGCAGAGGUUUGUUUCGAAAGCAACAGCAUCAGGUUUAGUACCCUUGACUAUGCUCAAUACAGAUCGAUCAAAGAGGGCAAAUACAUCACUCUCGUUCUCAACCCGAGCCCCAUUCCGCAGGAACCAAACAUGCGAGGACCAGGCCAAGGACCAGGCCGAGGAUCAGGCCAAGGACCAGGCAUGCGAGAACGUUACACGAAAUAUGUCUGCAUGAUCGAGUCGUGUCUACUGGCCUCGCUCACCUUCAAAGUUAUCUGGACAUAUCCGACUUCCAACGUUGGAGCCGAUCCGACUGACAACUCUUUAAACAUUCCUUCGACGGGAGACUGGCAGAAUGUGGUGAUUUACAAACACGAACAAGACAUUGACGGACUUAAGACACAAGAGCGUAACCAGGCACUCACUGUCAUGAGCGAAUGCAUUCCACCUGUACAUGAAAUGAGACAGUAUCUGAUAACAAGGCCUGGAUGCCAAUUAUCCUCAUGGAAGCGGAUGGAUACAUCGACCCUUCGCCUCCUUAACUGGAUCGUCGCUUCAAACAGAUCUUUCAUUGUACAAGACGCCCCGAUCCCCGGGUUGUCUCAACCGGAAGAAACGUAUCAAGUUCAUAACCUUGUUAACGGAAUAGAGCCAGGAUGGGUCCAGUUUCGUUUUGUGCAGGGAUCUCCCGAAAAGGAAGAAGUAUUUUUGAGAGAGUUGACGAGUACAACAAGCAACGGAAAGCCAUGGCCUACCCUUUUUGCCUGGCAUGGUAGCGCUCUCGGAAAUUGGCACAGCAUCAUACGGACCGGUCUUGACUUCGCCGUCGUCUCCAACGGGCGUGCAUUUGGUAACGGUGUCUACUUUGCAAAAGAUUUUGAGACAAGCCGCUCGUACUCGCGCGGAGGAACCGUUUGGUCAAAUUCGGCUCUCAAAAUCACCGAUGCUAUCUCCUUGUGUGAGAUAGUCAACAACACGGCUCGCUUCGUAUCAACACAGCCCUACUUCGUUGUCAACAAAGUCGAUUGGAUACAAUGUCGCUAUCUUUUUAUUCAGGUUGACUAUGACCCUACAUCGGCGGCGGCGACAGCGACGGCAACAACGGCGACAACGGCGGAUAGUCAGACUUCUGUACGCGGUGUGAGCUAUAUUGAACAGGAUCCUGCCCAUCCACUGGUUUCCAUGAAGCAACCCAUUGGAAUUCCCCAAUCAGCCAUUCCGGUGUCCCGACGACGUGUGCUUGGGCAAAAACAGAUAUCUGGCUCGCCACAUGACAUUCCUACUGUCAUUGACGAAGAUGAACCUGAUUUUGAGAACCGCGAUUUGGACGACCUUCUUGCCUCGGACGGUGAAGAUGAGAUAUCGGAAACACUCAAGCGACGGCGGGCUUCCACUGACUCGGGCAUUGGAUACAACACCACGCCUUUUCAGCCGGGCCAGCUUGAUCUGGGUUCACUCCCUAAGCUAGCUGAGCCUACCUGGGCUGCAUCUUCCCCGGCAGCUCUCCGGGCACUGAACAACCAGAUCAAGGAACUACAAAAGAUCCAGUCGAGCACCAAUAUAUCUGCGCUGGGGUGGUACAUUGACUUUGAAAAGAUCGAUAACCUGUUCCAUUGGAUUGUCCAACUUCACAGCUUUGAUAUGGAUCUCACUCUUGCCCAAGAUAUGAUCCGUUACGGAUGCUCGAGCAUCGUGUUGGAGGUCCGGUUUGGAGCUUCCUUUCCGAUAUCUCCCCCAUUUGUCCGCGUGAUUCGUCCAAGAUUUGUACCCUUUGCUCAGGGAGGUGGAGGUCAUGUCACCAUGGGGGGUUCCAUAUGCUCAGAGCUGCUCACCAACUCUGGGUGGUCCCCAGCUUUGUCACUGGAGAAAGUGUUUCUCGAAGUCCGAAUGAAUUUGUGCGAAAAGGACCCGCCAGCUCGUAUUGAACAUUCCACGGGAGUACGCAAUGCCCAUCGCGGGAGUCACAUGGACUACGGUAUGUUUGAAGCUGUGGAUGCGUACCGCCGCGCCGCUACUGCCCACGGUUGGCAAAUCCCCUCCGAUCUCGAGAUGUUGAGUUCCGUGUAA